GCGCAUGCGGCACGUGAUACCACCUGUCGAACCCAUUUGGCAAACAGCUGUGACUGCAGGGCUUCGCUGAAACAGAAACGGAGCUUGCCGCGUCCCGUCCACGUCGCCCGCCCAUGGAAGGUGCAUCAAAAAUCCUCCCCGAAAAUGGGGAGAAUGAUCAGGUGAGAAAGACAGAGGACCUUUGUUUGGCGGGACGUCAGAUUCCAGCAAAUGUAAGGCGCUACUUUGAGAUGGGAGCUGGCCGAGGCCAAACUGUUCGUGAAAACGAGCGGGCAUUCCAAAGGUGGCGCUUCUUUCCGAGAGUGCUCAGGGGUGUAUCACAGAGGCGGUUGGAGACGAGUAUUCUCGGGCAGUCGGUAUCCAUGCCGGUGUGCAUCGCUCCAACAGCUCUGCACAAAUUGGUGAACGCAGAAGGAGAAGCAGCCACUGCCAAAGCUUGCGCUCGUGUGGGGACCGUGAUGGUGCUCAGCAUCUUCAGCACAGUGAGCAUGGAGGAGGUGCGGAAGGCGGCUCCGAACUGCUCGUUAUGGCUGCAGGUAUACCUCUACAAGAAUCGUGAAAUCACACGUUCCCAAGUGGAGCGAGCCGAGCAGCUGGAUUUCGGUGCCAUCGUCUUAACAGCAGACUCCCCGGUAAUCGGCAGUGUGGAGACAGAGGGCGAUGACUGGGAGGCGAAGGGAAUACGCUGUCCCAACUUCGAUGAGUGGGGCAUGGAAGCAGCUAGGCCAGCCUUCUGGGACGCCGGUGCUACUUGGGAUGACCUGGAGUGGCUGCGAAGCGUCACCACGCUGCCCAUUGUGGUCAAAGGAAUACUGCGCAGAGACGACGCUCUGCUGGCUGCAGAACAUGGCGCAGCCGCUAUACUCGUGUCUAACCACGGUGGACGUCAGCUGGAUGGAACCAUAACUACGUUGGAGGCUCUGGGCGAGAUAUCGGCUGCCGUACGAGGCCUGCCAAUCGAGGUGUACGUGGACGGCGGAGUGCGCGAUGCUGCAGACGUCGCCAAGACACUGGCACUGGGCGCCAAGGCCGCCUUCAUUGGACGUCCCGUCAUUUGGGCGCUCGCGCAAAAGGGAGAAGAUGGUGUGGCCACCUUGUUAGAGAAGUUCAGGAAGGACUUGGAUCGAAUUCUCGCUCUUUUGGGCUGCCCUUCAGUGGACGACAUUGAUUCGUCAUUUGUGCGGCGUCAAGACUUCAAUAGAGAACGUCUGGAGGAGCAAAGCGUACAAGAGGCGUAGAAGAAAAGAAUCUUUGAGCGCCGCAAUUGGAGCUUACAAUAGCUUCAUUGCGUCUGUGUACACGUGGGACCUCGAUGCAGUAUAUCCACUGCGCUAUUGCGUAUCAUUGGCGCCUAAUAAUUCAUGCAGCAUACUGCGCACCUCCCAUAAUUCGAGUGGUGGCGCCUGUGCGUUUAUCUCGGAGGCUGCAAAGGCCGGUACUGUUGCUGAUGCCAACUACGUUAUAUGCGGAGCGAAGAAGUUCUUCCGGUGACGGAGAUGGCUACGGUUACAACCUGUUACGCUCGUAGGA